UUUCGUAAAAAAAGCUUCGGACGGGAAAGGACUGUCGCUCGCCGUCGCAAAAAUUUUGUCAAAAAAGCUUAAAAAAAAUAAGAAAAAGAAAAGAAAAACAUUUCACUUUUGAACCCAACGCUCGAUUCGAACCGUUUGCCGUGUGUGUGCGUUUGUGUUUGAAAUUUGCCAUUUAUCGAAAGUAUUUUGGGAGUUUCGUAGUUCCCCGUCUGGUACUACCAACACACAAGAUCAGGCCAGAAGAGAGGAAAAACGGAUAAUUUAUCACGCAAAUCAAAAGUGCAAUAAAAAGUUGAAAGUGCUUGAGAAGAAGGAAGCUGUUGCGAGCCGAAUAGUAAAUAAAUAAGAAGAGCUAUACAGCAUCAUAAACAACAACAUCCCCACAACUACAAUAACAACAACAACAUUCAACACACUAUAUUACCAACAGAAUAGUAAAUAUUUACAGCUCUCAUAUUUCUUGGCCAAAAGAACAGAUACUUUGAGGCUGAAGAUAUCGCGCGCGCGUUUAUAGUAUAUAUCCCCCCCAGCGUUAUAUCCCCCCGAUCGAAUAUCGCGCGUACUCGUCGCGUUUUAGCCAUCGAGCUAAUACCAAUUUGAAUAUAUAUAUAUUUCUCGCGCACCACUGGGCUCAGGCCACAAAAAACCGCCAAAAUUCUACACCAACAAACUUUAAUCAGCCCCGAGAUUUCGCUCCAGUUCGCAACGGCGGCCACAAUGCCCUAUAACGGCGCUAGCAACGGCAGCGGGGGCGGUGGCGCCAGUGGCGGCGGAGGGGGGGCCACCAUAGUCGUCACCGAGGGGCCGCAAAACAAAAAGAUCCGCACCGGAGUCCAGCAGCCCGGCGAAAAUGAUGUGCACAUGCAUGCUAGGUCCACACAACAACAGAACCAGCAGCAAGCACUUAUGAACAAGUCAAAUGACGACCUACGGAGAAAGCGUCCCGAGACUACACGGCCAAAUCACAUUCUACUCUUCACCAUCAUAAAUCCCUUCUAUCCCAUCACAGUUGAUGUCUUGCACAAAAUCUGUCAUCCACAUGGCCAAGUUCUGCGUAUCGUCAUAUUCAAAAAGAACGGCGUCCAGGCCAUGGUCGAGUUCGAUAAUCUGGAUGCCGCCACAAGAGCGCGCGAGAAUCUGAACGGUGCCGACAUCUAUGCCGGAUGCUGCACUUUAAAAAUUGAUUAUGCCAAGCCAGAGAAAUUGAACGUGUACAAGAACGAGCCAGAUACCAGCUGGGACUACACGCUGAGCACAGGUGAGAUUCUACCAAUUAAGGAGAUUGGAAAUGGCCGCUCGCCAUUACUGCAGGAGCCACUAUACGGUACACGACCUCAGCCCUACAGUAAGUCGCUGUUUUCUAUACCCGAAAAUGUUGUUAUGCUUGAGAGCCUUCCUACACUGCCACAUGCACCACCGACACACCUUCACCACCAACAACAACAACAACAAGCACUUCCACCUCAACAUCAACAUCACCAACAACAUCAUUUAGUUGCCCCAGCUCAAUCGCACAAUCUUUGUCAAUUUAAAGAGCCACCGCUAUUGGGACCAGGCGCCGCCUUCCCACCAUUCGGAGCCCCCGAAUACCAUCCCACCACGCCGGAGAAUUGGAAGGGUGCCGCUAUCCAUCCGACUGGCCUCAUGAAGGAGCCCGCCGGAGUUGUUGCUGGACGCAAUGCCCCCGUGGCCUUCACUCAGCAAGGACAGGCUCAGAACUCUGUCAUGAUGGUCUAUGGACUGGACCACGAUACUUCCAACACGGACAAGCUCUUCAAUUUGGUGUGCCUGUAUGGCAACGUGGCAAGGAUCAAGUUCUUGAAGACCAAAGAGGGCACCGCCAUGGUGCAAAUGGGAGAUUCGGUGGCCGUUGAGCGUUGCGUUCAACACUUGAACAACAUUCCAGUAGGCACUGGUGGCAAAAUUCAGAUCGCUUUCUCCAAGCAGAACUUCCUAUCAGAGGUCAUCAAUCCGUACUUGCUGCCCGAUCAUUCGCCCAGCUUCAAGGAGUACACCGGCUCCAAGAACAACCGUUUCCUAUCGCCAGCUCAGGCUAGCAAGAAUCGCAUCCAACCACCGAGCAAGAUUUUGCACUUCUUCAACACACCGCCCGGCUUGACCGAGGACCAACUGAUUGGCAUCUUUAACAUUAAGGAGGUCCCGGCUACAUCGGUGCGCCUCUUCCCAUUGAAGACCGAGCGUUCAUCGUCGGGACUGAUCGAGUUCCCCAACAUUUCGCAGGCAGUGUUGGCAAUAAUGAAAUGCAACCACCUGCCGAUUGAGGGUAAAGGCACCAAGUUCCCAUUCAUCAUGAAGCUGUGCUUCUCGUCCUCGAAGAGCAUGAACGGUGCCUGGAACAAUGCGACCAGCGAGGGCAUGAUCGAGAAGGAGAACGAAGUCGAGCAGAAGGUGGAGAUUUACAAUUGAGAUUUGAUCACGAUUGUGUAAGUGCAAUCGACCCCCAGCUUACACACCACACAACACAACAACGCAACAAAGCAACACCGGAACACCGCAACACCGCCACACCGCAACACAACAACACCUGGCAAUAUAAUAAACAGCAUAUAAUAGGGAAAAGACAGCCUACAGGAACUGCAAGUAGAUGACCGUGCAACAUUAAACACUGAAGCAGAUCUACGGCAAACCACCAAUCAACAAUCAACAAAAUCAAGAAACACAACAUGAUUGCUUACACAUUCGAAAUUGAGAAAAGAAAAAAACCAGAAACAAAAUAUCUAUACGCAAGAAUAAUGAAAGGAGAAGAAAUGCUGCGGCAAAAUACUGAUGAACUUCAACAAGAUACUUGAAUUGAUUGCAAAAUUCACUUACAAAUCAACAAUUACAAUUCAUACAAUUCAAACCACAGGGGUUAUAUAUGUAAAACAAACUAUAUCGCAAACGCAUGUAAACUUUUCUACGAGCCAUUUUGCAUAGAUUUACUGAAUUCACAAUUAAUCAAUUCAGAUAAUUAGUAUGACAGCCUAUGUACGAUAUAUGGCCUCGUUUAAAAGCCACACAGGAUUAACACUUGACUUGCACAUAACAUAACAUUACAUGCGUUUGCGUGGCAACAACAAGAAGAAAAUAUACGAAAUUAAUAAAAAUAAAAUAAAAUUGUUAUUGUUACAAUGGAAGAUUAGGACUUUCUCACACAACAACAAGAAAACAUCGGAUAGAAUUCCAACCAAUUGUAAACUAUGUAAUGUUUAAUUGAUACAAAACAAACAUUAAACCAAAAAAAUAAAUAAAAAUAUAAAAAAAAUAAUGAAAUGAUUGUAACUUUAAACUGAACCUAAAAAAGAAAUGUUAAAAGGAAGUAAUGACUUACCUGCCUUUGUUCGAACUCCCCAAAACCCCAUUUAAAAUAUAAACCCUAUUCCUUUUCUGAUCCCCAACCUCCCCUACCCUCGGCAGACUUCUGUAUAGUUAAUGUAAUAUGAUUUGAAUUCGGAUACAAAAAAUAUAUUAAUGAAAAAAAGAAGGAAAAUAAAGAAACAUUUCUUUGGACAAUAUUUCGAAAAGUAUUCGGGCGUGAGAAAAAGUCUUAACAAAAAACAAAAAUAUAUUCAGAGGAUAAUGUUUGUGUACAUUAAAACCAAAAAUUUAGCAAUUUUAAAUGAAAUUUAUUAAUUUUAGUUGGUUUUAAAUUUUUUACUUUAAAAUAAACGAUAUAUUAAUGAAAUGGUAAUAACGACUUGCACAAGCCAAUGUUUUUACUAUUAACAAAAAAUCAGAAAAGACAAGACGAUAAACAUACUUUUUGUGCUUAAUUUACAAAGUUUAAAAAAGGCAUAAAAUUAUAUGUAUGAGCUGUAUUUGUAUUUACAUUUAAAUUAAUUUUAAUUUACACUAAAUGUAAAAAGCAAGUAACUAAAAAACAAACAAAAACAAAACAAAAUAAUGCAAGCUAAGGCAGACAAAAGAUUUAACAUACAUGAUUUAGUUAAGGGAAAUUCAGAAAAUAAAAAAAACAAGCAUCUAGUAUAGUUCCGAAGGCAUGCAGACAAAAACGGCAUACAUGAAACAAAAAUAAAACAUAUUUUUGAGGCGUUUUAAAAAUUAAAGAGAAGACAGAGCCAAACAUUUCAGAACUCGAAGUGAAGUUAGCCAAGCAAAGCUACUACUAAAGAUGGGUUAUAGGGCGUAUUGCAAAUGCGGUUCAAAGUAGAAAAAAAAAUAAAUGGAAAGAAUUAAAAAUAUCAGCAAUAAAGCAACAGCAACAACACCAUAUCAAAGGCGUAUGUUAGAUUAACUAUAAUAUAAUAAAAACAAAACUUUAACAUAAAAGAUGCAAAAAUAAUAUUGUAAUAUUAUCAUUGAGUUCGACUUUCGUUGUAUAAUUUUAUGUUUAGAAACCCGAUCAGGCGGCAGUUAGACACCCAAAGAAAUCUGUGCUCAUAACUGCCUUUCUACAGGGCAUUGUUCUUUAUACAUAUAUAUAUAUAUAUAUUAAUAUCUAAAGAUAUAUAUAUGACAUUUGUUUUUAAUGCAAAUCAACGAAUACACAAAUACAUAAUGCUAGGGCCGCAAAACGAAUUUUUUCACACUUCUCGUAUCGUCGUAACGUUUGACUUCAACAAGUUAAGCCUCCAUGUAGACCAUUUCAUAAUUCAUUUAACAAUCGAUGUGCAAUUUGGGCUUUAUAAACAAAUUCUUAAUUCUAUUUUAAUUUAUUGCAAUUCUCUUAUUUCGAUAUCUAGUAAUUAUUUGUGUAAUUAUUUCAAGUGUCUUAGUUAUUAUGUAAAUUGUUUUUUAAUCAUUAAUUGUAAAUUAUUUCUCUAAAAAUUAGGUAUUAUUGUACUUAAUUUAAAUUAACACGAUUCAAUGACAAUGACGGGAACUAAUUAUAAUCUAAAAAAUCAAUAAACAAAAUCUCGUUAAUUUAAUGAAUAUUAAUUUUUAAGAACAUAAAGCAACAACGAUCUUGAAGCUCCUAAUUAGAUCAUAAUCGAACUAACAAACUACAUAUAAUAAAUAAUAUAAAUAAACUUGGUAGCUAUUUAAUUUAUACAAAUGAAUAUAACAAUUAUAAUCUGGAAUUUUUAUUGUUAAUAGUUUUAUUUCGACAUUUUGAAAGGGACACAAUUGAACUUGUGUUUAUUUUCUUACAUUUAAUUUCGUACAAGUAAAGAAUUAAAAACAAAAUAUACGAGUAUAUAUUCUUAGCUGCUUGAUUUUGUUGUCACACAGCAACUUAUCAGUUAAUUAUAUAGACAAACAUGAAUAUAUUUAUGCUUGUAAUUAUAUAAUUUGUUUUAUUUAAUAUUUAAUUUUUGUUGUUAUUUUUUAAAGCGUAUACUUUAAGCCCAGAGUUUGUAACAUGCGCGCUCAUUUUUUGAUAUAAAUAUAUAUGUAAAAGUA